CGCCAGCGGCGGGUAGGCCCGGGCGACUUCCGGCGCGGACCGGAUGUGGCGCCAUGGAGGCCUGCAGGGGCGCGAGCGAGACUCGGACCGGGACGGCUGAGGGGACUCGGCCUCCGCCGCUGCCUCUCCUCGCGCGGCUCCCCUUCGCCAGCGCCGCCGACGGCCAUGGGGUGUCCGACGCCGUCCCCUACGCCGCGGACCCCAGCGGGGAUUCCUCCGCCUCGCGUGUCUGAGGGUGCCGGGACGAGACCCCCGAGGGGAGCGGCAGAUUUCACGGAAUGAGUCAUCGGACACUCAGCGAACAGUGCAAUAGAAUUGGGGUUGUAGAACCAACCAGAAGUCAGAAGAAAAAAGAACUUAAGCAAAACAUAAGUGUUGAUAUGGCAGAGGCUGCUUGCUGUUGAAGCUUUUGGAAAGGACUGGCCGAUAUGACUGUACCCAUGAGAUGCCCACAGGCAGGCGUUCUCCUUCGAGCGGCCCUCCUCCACUAGGCCUGCCAUGACUGCAUUCUUCACCAGCGCCCCCAACUGGAUUCAAGAUGCAAAGCAGGAGGAGGAGGAGACCGGCUGGAAAUUAGUGCCCAGACCCAAGAGUGAGAGCCAAGGGAAGUGCCAGUAUGAGCUGUCGGGAGUCUCCCUCCCCGGGGUGGAGAAGCUGAGGGCGGCCUCGGAGCAGAGGCCCUAUUGCUGCCCCCAGCUGCACUGCGGCAAGGCCUUUGCCUCCAAGUACAAGCUCUACAGGCACCUGGCCACCCACUCUGCUCAGAAGCCCCACCAAUGCAUGUACUGUGAGAAGAUGUUCCACCGCAAGGACCACCUCCGCAACCACCUUCAGACGCACGACCCGAACAAAGAGGCCCUCCAUUGCCCGGAGUGCGGGAAGAACUACAACACCAAGCUCGGCUACCGGCGCCACCUCGCCAUGCACGCCGCGGCCAGCGGCGACCUCAGCUGCAAGGUGUGCCUGCAGAUGUUCGAGAGCACCCAGGUCCUCCUGGAGCACCUGAAGGCCCACUCCCGCAGGCCAUCGGGCAGCGUGAAGGAGAAGAAACACCCUUGCGACCACUGCGACCGGCGCUUCUACACCCGGAAGGACGUGCGCAGGCACCUGGUGGUUCACACCGGCCGGAAGGACUUCUUGUGCCAAUACUGCGCUCAGCGCUUCGGCCGGAAAGACCACCUCACCAGACACAUGAAGAAGAGCCAUUCCCAAGAACUGCUGAAGAUCAAGACGGAGCCGGUGGACAUGAUGGGGCUGCUCAGCUGCAACUCGGCUGUGUCGGUGAAGGAGGAGCUGAGCCCUGUCUUGUGCAUGGCGUCCCGGGACAUGAUGAGCAGUAAGAGUUUCCCCGGGAUGCUGCCCAUGGGCAUGUACGGGGCACACGUCCCCGCCAUGCCCAGCUCAGGGAUGCCCCAGUCGUUGGUCCCCAACUCUUUGCCCAUGGGAAUGAGCUACCCCCUGGAACCGUCGUCCUCCCCGUCACAGCCUCCUCCCAAGUACCAGCUUGGAUCUACCUCAUAUUUGCCUGACAAGCUCCCCAAAGUAGAAGUGGACAGUUGUCUGGCAGAGCUCCCCGGGGGCCUUUCUCUCGGUUCCGGCGAGCCCCUGCCGUCUUCUCCGCAGCCAGCCCUCCUGGAGGACGCGUUGCUCUCGAAGAGCCCUGCUCUGCUUUCCGAGGCCCUCUGUGCUGCUAACAUGGAUUUCUCUCACCUCCUGGGCUUCCUCCCCUUGAACCUUCCGUCAUGUGCCCCGCCGGUGUCCUCCGGGGGGCUGGUCAUGGGCUAUUCACAGGGAGACACCCAGUCGCUUCUCGCCUCCUUGCCACCCCAAGAGUCGCCGGGAGCCGCCGCCUCCCUCGGCUUCGGGGCCCUCCAUUCGUUGCCCUCCAUGUUCUCUCCCGGCUUGGGCACGACCACCUUGCCUCGCUUUCACCAAGCGUUCCAGUGAGAAGGGGCGGAGCUUCCCUGGGCAUGUGGACAGGGUACGGCCGAGGUGCCCAGAUGCCUUUCCUACCUCAGGCUGGGAAAAGCUGGAGGGAAGAGUGCUGGUGGACCGGAACUGUUGCACGCCCUCCGGUGUGUGCCCCGGUCCCGGACAGCGAGUAGACAGCAGCAGUUAGAAUUUCAGGUAUUUUUCUAAUGUGUCCUUCGAACCAAGAGCCACACUUUGUGCCAACCUUCGCAGGGGCCCUCCUGCUGCAGGAGGAGAUGGGAUCCCGGUCUGUCCCUAGUCCGGGCCGGUCACUUCGGCGCCUGUGUCUCAAUUCCCCAGACAGAGUCUCUCUUGCCUUGCUGACACCUUUCACCCCCUCCGCCGACUGUACCCAAGUCGCUGGCUCUAUGGCAUGCAGCUCAGGCACCGUGUUGUGUUUUUCCUGUUGUCGUUAAGACUCCCGUUUCUGCCAAACCUGGGUUCUCUUUCCUCCACCAUUACAAAUCGAGAAGCACCGAGAACACGAAGCAGUCCCUGUUUCCGGUGUACCUGAUCGCUGUUUACACAAUGAAGUCGGGCGGCGCUGAUUUCAUUUCACUUCUACUUCCAUUUCUUCCCCUGUGGGGAAAUAAACUGACUUUAGAUUGCCUCUGCUGUGGCCCGUUCAUCCGACUGCCCUGUGAAUAUUUUCUGUUCAUCUCAGUGCAGGCCAGACGGGCCUGCGACUUAACAAAUCCCGCUUGCUCUUGUGUAUGCAAAAGCAGCGUUUCCUGGAGUAUUAUGGGUAGGAAGAGAUAAGUAGGCAGUGCGGAGUGGCCAAGGGCUGGUCUGCUCUUAUGACAUAUCAUAGCUUGGCUGACUGGGGCUUGUUCCCACCUUAUCUGUUGGUGGGGUCUGCCAUUCUGCUGUCCUGGUAAUCGGCAUAACUAAGACUUUCUUAUGCUGACUGUUGUGGGUUUUCCAGGCUGCGUGGCUGUGGUCUGGUCGUUUUCGUGACAAACAUUUUCCCCACGUUAGGAACAGAAACGACCGGACCACGGCCACGCAGCUUGGAAAACCCACAACAGCCCGUUGAGUCUGGCCAUGAAAGCUCUCAACAGCAGGCUGUCUCUUGCGUCAACAGGACUGCGUGGCAGCACAGCCGCAAAGAAGCUGGGCACAAGUCCCUCUGAGAAGGUUGCUUGGUCCUAGCUUCCAUGUGCCUAUAGGGUAUUAUUUGCUGGAGGAAACCACUAGGCCUUGCUUUGUUAUAACCACUGCUGCUCUGACAAACCCUGCCCACUGGACCUGGUGUGGGAGUGGUUCUGCCGCUGGUGUGACUCAGCCUCCCCAGCGCAUGCCACUGAGCCCCAAGGGAGCCUGAGGAAAUGUUCUCGGCUAGCACAUUUAACCCGAGAUGGUCGUGUCUGCACUUUCCAGCGUUUCCUUGCAAUGCCCGAGUCUGUUGCAGAUAGCUCUGUGCCGUUUUAUGCAGAAAAAUGAGGCAUCAGGGCUGGAAAUCGGAGCAUGGGGAGGAGCAGAGACUUCCGGGACUGCCUGGCAUUCCUCUUUGGCUGGGACCAGAGCUGGUUCCAGUGUGUUUGGCCUUCCUAGCCAGGGUCUGUUGUGAAGAGGAUCUGUGGGGGAUUGGCUUUGCCCAUUCUAAUCCUUCUGACUCUGUUUCCCCUGGAUGAAAUUGUGGGGGGAUUCCUUCCUUCCUUCCUUCCUUCCUUCCUUCCUUCCUUCCUUCCUUCCUUCCUUCCUUCCUUCCUUCCUUCCUUCCUUCCUUCCUUCCUUCCUUCCUUCCUUCCUUCCUUCCUUCCUUCCUUCCUUCCUGCCUUCCUGCCUUCCUGCCUUCCUUCCUGCCUGCCUGCCUGCCUUCCUGCCUUCCUGCCUUCCUUUUUCUCUCUCUCUGUUCCGUGUAGGAUCUUCAUCUCUUGUCCUUGCAAGAGUUUCUUCUUCAGCCCCUCGCCCGAAUUCUUCCGUCUGCCUGUCCUGUGUCACUACAAGUACCUCAUGACGUGGGCUCCACGCUUUCUUGCUCUGCUGGAAACCGCACUUCGUCGCCUCGUCUGGGGCUGCUAUACCCACGUUGCAUUUCAGGCGCCCUCUGCAAGCUCUGGACUUGCGCCUCUUCAUACCUCAACCCACAGGAUGGGCAAAGCCGGAGAAACCUGUCGGAGUUCUCCUCCCAUCCAAGACUGGAAGCUACCUCUGCACGUCAGUUCUGCAGAUCAAUCACGGGUCCUCUGGACCCCGUCCUGUUUGGGCAGACCCACCCAAAGCUUUUUUCUGCUCAUUCCAGUUUGCUUUGAGUUUCCAGCCAUCUCCUUUCAGUAUUGUGAUUGUUUUGUGUCCCGAAUUCCCCCUGGAGGGACGGGCUGUGUAGGCCUAGCUUAGCUAACCACCUUCUAACUGUGUGUUGUUUCGUAUCACAAUAAUAUUUACCUCAACAGUGGCCUGCGGCCGUGAGUUCCGCAGGCUGUACUACCUGAAGUUGCCUUUCUGACUUCAACAUGUGCCUUGUGCUGGGUAAAGGGGAGAGCGUUCGAGCUCCUCCUCGUUCUUCAGUAUUUUCAAAUACCUCAGUUGCAUCUCCCAUUACUGCCCUGCCCAGAAAUUGUUGCACAGUCUUUCUCUUACGCCAUCCUCCACACACCUGCGAGUCAUUUCUGCAUUUUACCGUCCUGGGAAACGGCAUUUGAAUUCUGGAACGUCGCUGCUUCGAGGAACUGCCUGGAGACAGCGCUGCUAGUCUUGUGUCGCUCAUCCAGCUUAAAACAAUUCGUUGUCCGCUUGUGGCUUCCAGUGUGGCGGAAGCUGAGCUUGGGACCUGUUUCCAGGCUCUGGCCAGUGUUUUCUUGCGAGAUUGUUUCACUGCUGCUUGUGUUUGCCUCAGCUUUUCUCCCCCUUCAGCUCAAAGCAGUGUUAGAUUCCAAACUUGGUGUUCAUCCUUGUAACCACUAUCGCUCUGUUGCAGCUGGAUUUCAGUCCAGUAGCACUCAGGAAACCAACAACAUGUUCAGGGUAUAAGUCAAAAGCUUCAGAGCUUCAGUGUAUCGUCGAAGACUUUCACAGCCAGAAUCACUAGGGCACAGGUGUCAAAUUCGCAGCCCUCCAGAUGUUAUGGACUACAGUUCCCAUCAUCCCCUGCCAGCAUGAUGCUGGCAGGGGAUU